AUGCGCACGGGAAUCCCCGAGGGAGCUGGCGCUGCUCUGAACAAACCCUUUUUGCUUGCUUUCUGUCCCUGGCGUUUUGGGGGCUCCUGCAAGCCCCUUUGCUGCCAGUCACGGGGGCCCCUUGCCACCCUCCUCUAUGCAAUUUGGCAUUACCGCGGCCUGCAGGCCCCGGCCCUGCAGACCUGCCUGACCUGCACCGCCUCCUUCUGCGCCGAGCACCUGCGGCCGCACCAGGACAGCCCGGCCUUCCGCGACCACCAGCUCUGCCCGCCCCUGCGCGACCUGCAGCAGCGCAAGUGUCCGCAGCACAACAAGCUCUUCGAGUUCUUCUGCAGCCAGCACGGCAGCUGCAUCUGCUCCCUCUGUCUCCUCGAGCACAAGCUGUGUCACACCAGCCCCCUGCAGCUGGCCAAAGCCAACGCCGAGGUGAGCGGCAGGGGCGGCCGGCUCUGCCCGGGGCUGCAGCACCCUCCGAGGGGCACCCCGGAGCUCCCCUUCGCUCCCCCAGGGCCUGGUGGGUCCCUGGGUGCUGGGGUCGUGGGCUGUGGAGUGCCGGGGGGAGGCUGGACCAAGACCUGGACUGUAAAUCUCGUGCCUGGCCUCGGCAAACCGUUACCCGCCCUCCGGCGUGCGCUCGAGCAUGUCUUCAGCGUCGUUCCUUGCAUUUUCCUCCUCGCUCCAAGACUGCUCCGAGGGUCUGGGAAGUCGGCGCUGAAGAAGAAACUGGUGGAGCUGCAUAAUCGGAGUGAGAGAACUGCUCGAGCGAUGACCACUCUGAAAACAAGCCAAAGCCAAACUAUUGAGACAGCUACCAGAAAGAAAGAUUUGAUCAGAAAUGAGUUUUCAGAACUUAAAGCUUUAAUUGAAGAAAGAGAAAAUCAGACCUUAAAACUAAUUGCAGAAGAAGAAAAAAGAGUUUGCAAUAAGUUUGAUUAUAUUUAUGGUGUUCUGGGAAGUAAGAAGAACGAAAUUCAGUCUCUCAGAGAUCAGAUUGAGAUGGCACUGACUGAAGGUGAUGACAUUCUGUUUUUGAAGAGAGCAGCAGCACUGCAACAAGUAUCAACAAAAGACCCUUUCAUCCCUUCAAUUGAAAUGGACCAAAACUUGAUACAUUCCACUUAUCAGUCUGCCAUUAACCUUAAAGACAUAGUGAAACUUUCAGUGACUCAGUGUAGGGAGAAAAGACCAGAAGCAAAACCAAUACCUGCGAAAACUAAGCCCCCUCCAGCAGCUUUUCCAAACAGACCCGCUGUUGGGAAAAAGCCUCCGGGACCACCACCAACCACGGGAAUAGUAAACACUGCCCCUGCCGUUUCAAGUAAAGAGCUUAUUGCCAGCUUUCUGAAGAAACCCAGAGAGGAGCUUUUGCAGUAUGCUGCUAACAUCACGCUGGAUUACAACACAGCUCAUAACAAAGUGAUUCUGUCUGAGAGGUAUACCAGGAUGUCUGUCUCGGACACCCUCAUGAAUUAUAACUACCACCCUCAGCGCUUCACCGAUUGUUCCCAAGUGCUGGGGUUCCAGUGCUUCAAGAGAGGCAUCCACUACUGGGAAGUGCAACUGCAGCAGAACAACUUCUGUGGCAUUGGCAUCUGCUACGGCAGCAUGGACCGGCAGGGGCCGGAGAGCCGCCUGGGGAGGAACAGCAGUUCUUGGUGCAUUGAGUGGUUUAAUUCCAAAAUAUCAUCCUGGCAUAAUGAUGUCGAAAAGUGCUUACCCAAUGUGAAGGCUACCAAGAUUGGUGUGCUGCUUCACUGCGAGGGUGGGUUUGUGAUUUUCAUGGCUGUUGAGGAGAAACAUAACUUGAUCUAUAAAUUCAAAACCCAGUUUACUGAAGCCUUGUACCCUGCCUUCUGGUUAUUUUCCAGCGGCACUGUUCUCUCUCUCUGCCAACUGAAACAGUAA